AUGGCAUGUCUUGUUGGCUGCUGUCAGUGCCAGCGCUUCGGCCAUCUGUGCCGCAUGGCCAUCGCCAUCUCGGCCAGCUACAGAUCGCCCCGAUCAACCAGGACGACCGUCGCCGCCAGAGACGAUCCUGACGCCACCGCCAACGCCAAUCAGCAGCAGCAGGCGCAGCCCGAGGCGCAAGACGACGUGGACCAGCUGUCGGAGCUGCGGCAAAUCUUCCGGUCCUUCGACCGCAACAAGGACGGCAGCCUGACGCAGCUGGAGCUAGGCUCCCUCCUCCGCUCCCUCGGCCUCAAGCCCUGCACCGACGAGCUCGACGCCCUCAUCCACCGCGCCGACACCAACUCCGAGUUCGUCGCCCUCGUCGCGCCCUCGCUCCUCGACGACCGCUCCCCCUACUCCGAGGAUCAGCUCUGCAGGCUCUUCGAGAUCUUCGACCGCGACGGCACUGGCUUCAUCAUCGCCGCCGAGCUCGCGCACUCCAUGGCCAAGCUCGGCCACGCACUCACCGCCAAGGAGCUCACUGGGAUGAUCGAGGAGGCCGACACCGACGGCGACGGCCGGAUCGACUUCCGUGAGUUCUCCCGCGCCAUCACCGCCGCCGCCUUUGACAACGUCUUCUCCUGA